AUGGUGAGAAAGGACAAGAAACACAUGGAAGAUAGUAUUGAAGAAAUGCAAGCAAUGUUAAAGCAUGUGGAGAACUGCAUUCAGGAAAACGAGAAACUUUUGAAAGAUAACAAAGUCUUGAAUCUCCUUAAGUACGAAUCUAUGGUCGAGGAAUUGCGACUUGUUCCUAGUAGAAUAGUCGUCCUACCGCCAAAAAUAAUGCCCUCAGAUAUUUCAGAAGAACAGAUUAUAAGCCAGCUUUUGACAGUCAAACCCUCCAAUAGAACAACUUUACCAGAAUUUGCGAUUAGCAAAACCUGUGGGGUAUCGGCAGUAGCGGCCCGCAUGUUACUGGAAGGACCAGAACCUUUAGCUAUUAUAAAAAUCAACAGCGGAAAAUUAAAAGGAAUUUGUUGUAAAGCAACAAAGGGGGUGUGGGUUUAUGGAGAUGAUGGAAACCUCAAGCAGUAUGACAAACAUGUCACUCUGCUGAAGUCCAUAGCGGCGAUUUCGGGAAGUAGUCAGAAAGACAUUGCGGUUAACAAAAACGGCAAUGUUGCUUUUUCACACAUCACGGAUGAAUGUGUUGAAUUACUAGUUGUCGGAGAAGACUGCAUCGAGAAGAUGAUAGAAUUGACUGUCUGGAUUCUAUUUGGUCUUUACUUCAACACAGAGGACGACUUUAUGUCUGCAAGCGACGAAACGACUACUCCGAGGCCAAGAUUGGCAUAUUUUCUGAAGGCAAAUUGA